UCUCCGGAGCAGGGCUAGAGCAUCCCAAGAUGUGCCGCGGGGCGCUCUGGGUGGCCCUGCCUGUGCUCUCCCUGCUGGCCUGCUCCGCGCAGGGGAAGCCACUGGAGAUCCGGGGGCGGGGGUCGGCUGGGGCAGAUGCCCACCGCCUGCUAGGCGGGCCCGGAGGUGAACGGGAGGGGGGCACCUUCGACCUGAGGAUGUUCCUGGAGAACAUGAAGGUGGAUUUCCUGCGCAGCCUCAACCUGAGCGGGGUCCCUUCCCAGGACAAAACCCGAGCCGAGCCGCCGCAGUACAUGAUCGACCUGUACAACAGAUACACCACCGACAAGACAUCCACCCCCGCAUCCAAUAUCGUGCGCAGCUUCAGCAUGGAAGAUGCCGUCUCUAUAGCUGCCACAGAAGACUUCCCUUUCCAGAAACACAUCUUGCUCUUCAACAUCUCCAUUCCCAGGCAUGAGCAGAUCACCAGGGCCGAGCUCCGACUCUACCUCUCCUGUCAAAGUCACGUGGACUCCUCUCACGAGCUGAAAGGAAACAUGGUCAUUUAUGAUGUUCUGGAUGGAGCCAAUGCCUGGGAUGCUUCUGGGGGAACCAAGACCUUCCUGGUGUCCCAGGAUAUCCGGGACGAGGGCUGGGAGAACUUUGAGGUGUCCAGUGCUGUGAAGAGGUGGGUCCGAGCAGACCCCACUAAGAGCAAAAACAAACUGGAAGUGACAGUGGAGAGUCACAGGAAGGGCUGUGACAAGCUGGAUAUCAGUGUCCCCCCCAGCUCCAAAAACCUGCCCUUCUUUGUCGUCUUCUCCAAUGACCGCAGCAAUGGCACCAAGGAGACCAGGCUGGAGCUCAGGGAGAUGAUCGGCCACGAGCAGGAGAGUGUGCUCAAGAAGCUGUUCAAGAGCGGCCUGAUGGAGGCAGGUGAGAAGAAGGACGAGGAAGAGGAGGAGGAUGUGCAAAGCCACGUGGCCGUGAGCUCGUCUUCGGCCAGACGGAAGAGGAGUGCCGGGGCCAACAACCACUGUCAGAAGACCUCCCUGCGGGUGAACUUUGAGGACAUCGGCUGGGACAGCUGGAUCAUCGCGCCCAAGGAGUACGAUGCCUUUGAAUGUAAAGGCGGCUGCUUCUUCCCCCUUGCUGACGACGUGACCCCGACAAAACACGCCAUCGUGCAGACCCUGGUGCAUCUCAAGUUCCCCAUGAAGGUGGGCAAGGCCUGCUGUGUGCCCACCAAACUGAGCCCCAUCUCCAUCCUCUACAAGGAUGACAUGGGGGUCCCCACCCUCAAGUACCACUAUGAAGGGAUGAGCGUGGCCGAGUGUGGGUGCAGGUAGUGCUGGCCCGUGGGUGGGGGAGGCAGGGUGGAGGGGGCUCCUAGUGAGAGGUCCUGUGUCCUGCUGGGCAUGACAGAGACUAAGUCCACCUGGGUGGCAGCCUGGAGAAGGAAGGGGAGGCACCAGGUCCUUGCAGUAAAGACCUGCUCUCCCUCUCACGGCCCACCCCAAGCACACACCACUGGG